GGGGCCGGGGCCGGUCAGUCCCCGCGGAGGUGCGUGGCUGCCCGCCCCCGUGGAGGGCCGUGCUCCGUAGCGCCCAGAGGGUUCCACAUGGGCCUUCCUGAGGCGAGCGGCGGCGCGGCCGUGGCAGCCGGCGGUGCCGGCUCCUGAGAGACCAUGGCAGCGCCGUGGGAAGAUGUCCUGCGUAACCAGCCGGCCAUCCGGGAGGCAGCGUCGGUGGCCGUGGACGCGGCGCUCCUGGGAGGCGUGCUGAUGCGCACCGAGGGGGAGCCCAACGCCUCGGAUGUGGUGAAUUACGCUCCCUUCACGCUGCUCCCUUCUGCAGUACCAAGUGCCCUGUUUGAACAAGCAUACGCUGUGCAGCAGGAUUUUAACCUGCUGAUGGAUGCUAUUAGUCAAAACAAAGAAUUCCUGGAGCAUACUCUGGCCAGCACCAUCAAGGUAGAUGACUUCACAGCUCGGCUCUUCAGGAUCCACGUGCAAGUUUUGGAGGAAGGCUUGGCUCAGUCUGUGUUUUUAGGCAUAAACCGCUCUGAUUACAUGUUUGACUGUGGGGUGGAUGGGACACCAGCUCUGAAGCAGAUAGAAAUAAACACCAUUGCUGCCAGCUUCGGAGGCCUCAUCUCCCGCACUGCGGCUGUCCACGGGCAGGUGUUGAAAGUGCUGGGAAAGUCUAAGGAGGCAUCGCACCUGCUGCCCAACAACCCAUCGAAAGGACUUGCCUUGGGUAUUGCGAAAGCCUGGGAGCUCUAUGGCUCUCAAAGUGCUGUGGUGAUGUUUCUGGUGGAGGAGGUCCAGAGGAACAUUUUUGAUCAGCGAUGCGUAGAAAAUGAGCUUUGGAACAGGAAUAUUCGGGUCAUCAGGAAGCGAUUCAGAGAUGUGUUUGAAAAGGGGUCUCUGGAUGAUGCCAAGAGGCUGUAUAUGGAUGGGCAGGAAGUAGCGGUGGUGUACUACAGAGAAGGCUACGUGCCAAAGAACUACGACCAGCAGAACUGGGAGGCACGGUUGUUGCUGGAGAGAUCAAGGGCAGUGAAGUGCCCUGACAUUGCUACCCAGCUCGCAGGCACCAAGAAGGUCCAGCAGGAGCUGAGCCGGCCAGGGACGCUGGAGAGGUUGCUGCCUGGCCGUGACGAGGCUGUUGCUCGAAUAAGAGCAACGUUUGCUGGACUCUAUUCCCUGGACGUGGGUGAAGAGGGUGACCAGAUAGCUGCUACGGCUAUCGCUGACCCCGACCGGUUUGUGCUGAAGCCGCAGCGAGAAGGUGGAGGGAACAACCUCUAUGGUGAAGAGCUCAGGCAGGUUCUGGAGAAGCUCAGAGACAGCCCUGAGAGAACCUCCUACAUCUUGAUGGAUAAGAUCAAACCACAGCCAGCAAUUAAUUACUUGCUGAGGGCUCACAGUCCCUUACGAGCAUCCGAGUGCAUCUCAGAGCUCGGUAUUUUUGGUGUCUAUGUCAGACAGGGCAAGGAGAUGGUGAUGAACAAGGCCGCCGGCCACCUCCUGCGGACGAAGGCGAUUGAACACGCGGACGGGGGGGUAGCGGCUGGCGUGGCGGUGCUGGACACUCCUUACCUGGUGUGAGGAGGCGAUGCCCCAUCCCCCCCACCUUGCUCUGCUGCCCAAAGAGCUGGUCUGCCACAGGGCUGUUCUCCUUAGGGUGUGCUUACCAAGGUCUGACAUGUUGGGGACUGAGGAGGGGCUGUGUGGACACAGCUGCUCCGACGUCCCACGUGCCGCUCCCAGCUUCUCCUCUGCCAUUCCUCCUGCAGGAAGGACUCCCUUGCUCUGCCUGCUCAGGGGGCCCUGCCCGCUGUGUGUCCUGGCUGUCACCUCGCAGGGCUGCAGUGGCUGGGGUGGCCCCUGGGGGCGGGCUGGGGGGGGGGGGUGGUUAGCCUGCAGGCACGGGGUAUGUACAGCAAAGCUAAGGGGUGAAUGUGCCACAACAGGCGCUUGGGCUGUUCCCAGUUUUGUGCUCCUUGAUGCUGCGUUAUUUCUGGAGAUACAGAAACCCAAAGCCUGGAGAAUGGGAAGAGAAAGGUGGAUGUGUAAGAGCCUUCAUCUGUAGGAUUUGUGGCCCAGGGCCUCAGUGCUUUCUAGGUUAAAGAGGGGAGCACAGCUCCACCUGCCCAUGGCCCCUCCAGCCUUCCUUCAGCUGCUGCUGCCACCCUGAUUUCUACUCUUCCCUGUGCCUGAGGAUCCUCAGGGUUCCUGCACAAGGGACGGCUGCCCUGAUGCAAGAGGCCCUUGGGCAAAUGACUUUUGCUUUGCCUGAGUACUCAUCCCAAACAGUGCCUCUGCUCCCCUCGCCUCCUGCAGCCUUGUCCAACAGCUCCCCACGGGUUGGCAGAAGAAUCCCUUGCCAACGCUGGCAGAUCCCAAUGAGACGAGCUGGAGCCCUGUGUCCCAGACAGCGCCUUGAGAACCCCCCAACCCCUGAGGGCUUGUGCCAGUGCACACCCCACACCCCCCCCCUCCCCAGUCAGUCACACACGGCCUCCCCGGCGGCUCUGCUGCCACACAUGCAGCCCCGGAGCCCUGACCUCAGUAAUGCUCCAGCUGGGAGCUUUGGGGCGAGGGAGCAGAGGAACUCCAGGAGCUGCCAAGUGCUUCACUGGGACCAGCCCCAGCGGAGGGGGAGAUGCGCGAGAUGCGUCGUCCUCCAGGUUUCAUGAACCAGUGGGAACAGCGCAGCAGCAGGACAGGGGAGUGUGGGCUCUUCUUCGUAAGCAAUUUUGCCUCUUUCUCGCAGCCCUUUUUCUUCCUUGGCUGAGCAGUUCAAGGGGAAACAUGAAAAACGCACCUUUCUGGCAGUGCCUUGGUGAAGCGCCCAGGCAGUCUCAGCUCUGCCCUUUCUGUGACACGAGAGAAGCGGUGUAAAGCCGGUGCUCCUGGAGGCUGCCCGUGCUGAGGGAGGGCCGUGCCCUGCUGGGUGCGUUGCUGCUGGCCCUGUGCUUCACUCACCAGCCUUUCACCUUGGAAAGAGUUCAGUUCUGUAAGUGUGACUGAUUCUGUGAUUCCUGGGUGGUGGUUUGAUUAACCCGAGCUGGAAAAUAAAACUUAUGUGCAAUCUGA